AUUUAUUAAGAAACAAGCUUUGACCUUCAGUAUUAUGGAGCACAGCACAGACAGUCAAGGUGAAGAGUCUAGUUAUCAAGAACCUUCGUAUUAUGAGGGCUUGGAUGGUUCUUUGCAAGAUCAUGAUGCAGAAUAUCAAGCGGGUGAUAUCGAACAAAGAUCACCACUUCGUGAGCAAGACCGUUUUCUGCCAAUAGCUAAUGUUGCUAAAAUAAUGAAAAGAGCAGUACCUGGAAAUGGAAAAAUUGCUAAAGAUGCUAAAGAAUGUGUGCAAGAAUGUGUAUCAGAGUUUAUCAGUUUCAUCACUAGCGAAGCUGCUGACAAGUGUCAAACUGAAAAGCGUAAAACUAUUAACGGUGAAGACAUUCUAUGUGCUAUGAAUACACUUGGCUUUGAUAAUUACAUUGAACCACUUAGAGCGUUUCUAGUCAAGUUUCGUGAAAUUAGCAAACUUGAGUCUUCAUUCAUUGAUGAAUCAUCUGUUCCCACCACAAUGUCUACCGUUCCCUCAGCGGUUGGUUCGGCUGUGAUCUUGAGUCCAACAUUAUUAUCAACUGGCCCCAGUGGUUUAACCAACAUACCUUCACGAUCCCUGGCUGGCAGACAGUAUGCUGUAGUUAACGGCUCAAAUGAUAUACAAAACAAUAAUGUUCAUUCCGUAUCGACUCCAGACAUCAAAGUAGCAAAUGCAGGAAUGACUACCCUAGGUACCCCUGUAUCUUCUUCUUUAGGGACUACAAUUAUUUUGCCAAUAUCAACUCCUUUGGCCUUCGUUAGUGGGCCUCAAACGUCAGUCUCGCUGGCCGACCAAUCGACGGAUUCAGUUUCUUGAUUCUACGAUAAGUUCCGUUGGACGCACACUUGUAGUUUCUCAUUGUACGUGUUUAUCUACGUGCUUCUUCUGUUUAUCUUGUCAAAUAUAUUUAUACAUAUAAAUGCUUAAUUAUUUGAUUAUUUUCUUGUAUAUUCUCACUUAGCAAUUGAUUUUUCAACUGAUAAUCGUAAUGUAAACGACAGAUCUUAAUUGUGUUUUCCCUGCUCAUAAACGCGAUUAAUCUUCAUUUUUCUACUUUUCAAUCUAAUUUUAAGGUAGAGAUAAGAUCAAUAAAUCUACAUUUUCUUUUCGUAUAUAUAUAUAUAUAUAUAUAUAUAUAUCCUAUCUAGAAUUGUAUUAUCUUCAAGUCACUGUUUAAUACAUAUAUUAUUAUCAUAGUAAAAUUGUAUUUUUAAUUGCAUCUCUAGUUACGAAUUUUGUUUUAUGGACUGUUAAUUCUCUGUCACUGCUGUGAAAAGCUUUUAUGCUUCCACAUUCUGUUGGUAAUUCAUCCUCGUGUUUCAUAUUUCACUCAUCAUUAUCCAGCGAUCAUACUAUUUUUCUCUCUAUCGUUUAAUAAUACUUUCCUAAGAAUAAACCACGUUAAGAUGUUUUUCAUUUAUGUAUUAGAAUUUCAUUCUUUCAUUACUGUUUAUUUGUAAUUUAUACUAAACAAUGAUGUUUGUAUACUCGCAGAUUGAUACUGCUUGGUUUUACUUCAUGCAAAAAGUUAACGAUUCUGUUAUACCAUAUAUUGCGCUUUUUCUACGUUUAACCCUCAUUCUAGACGGAAUCAUAAGCUUAAGCUCCAACACAUAUGUGCUAUGAAAGUUCCUCCUAUAGUGGAAAAAUCCAGCUUCCUCACUUUUUGAGAUUUUUCUCAAUUGUUUUGUUUGUAAUCUGUCUUCUUCACAAGAUGUAAACCACUUAAAUCAUUCCCGUGAUACUUUACAUUAUUGUUGGCUCAAAGCGUUUGACUCAGCCGGAUGUGUGGAAAGUAGUGCAUCCAAUUUCACAUCCCAAAUAACUAAACAUAAUAUCAAUAUUUCGAUAUCACUGUGACAAUAAUGCGAUCUUGGUUACCC